UCAUGCGAACAUCACUCAUGGAUAGAGUACUCCCCCUUUGUGUGAUGCUACUUUUGGUACGAUGUUAUAAUGUGGCUAUCUUAGUUGAUGCAACCAUUCCAAAUAUUGCCACAGAUCAAUCUGCUCUUCUUGCCUUAAAGUUUCGUAUUUCUCAUCCCAACCCUGAUCAUAAUAUUCUAGCGAGCAAUUGGUCCUCCAAUACAUCUGUUUGCAAUUGGAUUGGUGUCACUUGUGGUUCUAGACAUCACCGAGUCAUAGCCUUGAACCUUUCUUACAUGGGUGUUGAGGGUACCAUUCCUCCACAGAUAGGAAACCUUUCAUUUCUUGUUAGUCUAAGACUAAAAAACAAUAGUUUUCAUGGCUCUGUGCCCAAUGAGUUGUCUCGUCUUUACCGGUUGAAAAACUUGAACUUUGGAUUCAACAACUUCAAUGGAGAAAUCCCAUCAUCUUUGGGACUAUUAUCCAAACUUCAAAAUUUGUUUCUAUUUGGUAAUAGAUUCACAGGUGCUAUCCCACAAUCCUUAUCGAACAUGUCUUCCUUGGAAAGGAUUGUAUUGGCCUUCAAUGGGUUCUCGGGUUAUAUACCUUCCUUCCUCUUCAACAUAUCUACCUUGCAAGCAAUUGAUCUUGGAGUUAAUAAGCUUUCGGGUCCCAUGCCUUCUAUUUUGUUUAACAUGCCUUCCGUGCAAUUGAUUGAUCUCUCCUCCAACGAGCUCUCAGGGAGACUUUCAACAGAUACGUUUGAUCAUCUUCCCAACUUAAAAUAUCUUCGACUUUCUCAUAACAGAUUUUAUGGCGGACUUCCAUCCACUUUGUUCAGUUGCAAACAGCUACAAUAUUUCUGGGUGGGGAGUAAUCAUUUCACCGGAAGAGUACCGCCGGCAAUCGGAAACUUAACCAUGCUUAUGACUUUGUACCUUGCCGAAAACAACUUUACUGGUAUGUUAAUUUAGUCAUUAAUUAUAUGUAAUUUGUGCGUUACAAUCAUGGAAAGCAUCAUUGAUUAGCAGAUGUACGUACGUACGUGCUUAAAAAAUGAUUGUUUUCCUUUCAAUUGAAUGCAUGUGCAAGCUAGCUAUAUAUAUAAGUAAUGAUCAACACAUGAUACAGACUAGAAAACUAGAAGAUUUUAAGGAAUUACUCCAGGG